GUCCUGAUUGCCAGGCGCAUCUUUCCAGAGCCCAGAUCUGUUGCUCCAGCUGUUCUCUCACAACACAGGUCAUAAUCUCCUGCAUGGAUUAGCUGCGACCUGAGCACCACACCUCUGUGGGUUGGCAGGUAGAAAAAGACAGCUAAUACCUCUACCUCAACAAACGGUGACCCCGACGUGAUCAGGCCAAAGACGGACCGUGAAGGUUGGCAGUGCACGGCAGGAGGUGAAGGAGCUCCACGCAGGACGGGAGACUCCACGGCGCGCCAUGGAAGCCACAAUUAAGGUACUUAAAAUAUGGGGAAAACAGCAUCAGACUUCUAUGAAGUCGGAGACUUUAAAAGCGAUGCUACAAAGAUUAGUAAAGCUUGGCAUUCUGGCCAAGCCGAUAGAUUGCAUGAAGCCAGAGCUAUGGCCUCAGAUAGAAGCUGAAUUAACGGAACAGGCAAAAUUGGGCAAACCAGAACAUUUGGUGGCUUGGGGUAAAGUAAAUGCAAUGAUGAAAGCCAUCCAAGCCGAACAAGAGGCAUGUACAGAUGCACACAGGGGAUUGCAGGGUCUCUCGGAAGGGACUACGCAGAUCGAGGAGCCUGCAGAUAGUUCCUCUGAGGAGGAAGGUAUCAAGCUACGGGAGGCAUGGCCCACAGAAGGCAAACCCCCUGACAAGGGUAGAGAAGGGGGUAGAAAUAUCACUCCCCCUUCUCCACCCACACCUCCCCCGGUAUAUCCUUGGGGAGCACUGCCAAAAGCGGAGACCGAAGUACAACCGGUUGAUUUAGAGGAGAAAUGGAGAAAGCAAAGGCAACAAUGGAAAGAGGCAAUGGAGGCAGCUCAAAAAGAGCAGGAGAGCAAAAAGCGGCAGCCCCAGCUGGAUCCCCUGCUUGAUUGGCUCCCAGGUGCUCCCGCUCCUUCGGAGGAGGCGGCACCAUGGAACGUGGCAGGGCCUGCUAAACCUUGUCAUACAGAAGAAUUGGGCAAUCCACUUGCCCAUUGGCGAGAGGAAAAAACCCAGGCGGAGUCAGAUGACGAAAAUGAGGGGGAGGGUCUAAAAUACAACCAAAUAGGGAAAGAAGGAACUGUGCCAAAAAGGGAGGAGACAAAAGGAGAGGAAAAGAUAACAAAAUUGUUAGCGCGCCUGACAACAGCAGUGCAAGAACUGGCAGCCACUGCCCAGCAAAACAGAGGUAUGAUCAUGGGCGGGGCUCCUUCCCCUCUUUUACCGGAACCCCCUACUGAUUGGCGCCUCAUAGCGAAAGAGUGUGUGAUGUCAGGCGUAAAGCUUGAACCUGCAGCCAUCCGUGCUUACCCAGACAGGGUGACCCCAAGAGGGCAACAAGAAUGGCAUCCGCUUGAUGCCAAAGCAGUACAAGCAUUAUUUAAAACUGUAAGCGAACACGGACUAGGACAUCCGGAAACGACUUUAUUAUUAGAAACUAUCUUAGCCUUACCACUAAUCCCAGCCGAUGUAAGACAAUUAGCAAAAGCAAUAUUAAAACCAGCUAUGUUCUUGCUAUGGAAGGAAGCAUGGGGAGAUCGUAUUAAUGCCCUUGUACAAGAGGCCGCAGAUCAACACCACCCCUUACAUGGGACUACCUUUGACCGCCUUACAGGACGGGGAGCAUUUUCUACAAUCCCUGCCCAAUUACAACUAUGGCCUGGAGAAUUUAUCGCCACCACUAAGGCUGGUAAAAAGGCUUUCAUGGAUAUAGCUAAAUUAGAAAAGAAGGAACCCUUGGGGACUUCUGUUAAGCAAGGACAGAAUGAACCGUUCUUGCAGUUUGUCAACAGACUCCACGACGCGGUCACAGAAUCAGACUUGCCCGAUAGUGCUAAGGAAGCUGUAAUAAUAGAAUGUAUCAGACAGCAAUCUAACCUGAUAAUCAAAAGUAUUGUAAAAGAUAUUCCUUUGAAUACACCUGUUGCCACCCUCUUACGACAAGUGGUGCAAAAGGAGGCAAUGAUACAUGCCCCAGGCAACAUCCACUUUACAGAAAGACCUGUACCCUGUAGAAAAAACAAUUUCCGUGGCAUUCAUAAAAGAUCUCGUCAGGCAAACCGACAAGGACCACGACCCUCCAGAAGUGGGCCUUGUUGGGUGUGCGGGAAACCAGGUCAUUGGGCACGGGAUUGUUGGUAUAAACAUUCACAGCAGGGAAACAAGAGGGGAGGAGCCAGGAGUGGGGGCAGGCCUCCUCCAAUGCCCAACAGGCAACCCCCACAAAUCAGAGACAACUUUUCCUAUACUCCCCAAGUGACAGUCAAAUAUGCCUGCAGUUGUCCGCGAGAGGGCCUUCCGAGCCAAGAACCGUGGCUCUGGUCUUAGAUUGUAGCGACAAGCCCAUGGUCACCGUUUGGAUAAGCCAGCCUCGCCUGGGAAGAACAGAAGAAAUAGUAGUACAGGCCAUGAUUGAUUCAGGAGGUGAUGUAACAGUAGUGGGCGAGAAAUGGUGGCCAGGACAGUGGGAAACUACAUUUGGGGGAUUUGACAGGUGUCAGAGGAGAAAAACC